AUGGCCACAUUGGUGCGAGCUUGUGUGGAGUUGACCACGAUGAAGGCGGAUGCAGAUGAAGCCAUGUUCCGAAACGGAGCUGCCCUGCAUGCUUGCCCGAGUGAGCAUCUUAAGCAUUGCCGGUGUCUGCGCGUCAGGACCGACUCGACCCACCGACAGUCGAAGGCGCGGGCAGAUCGUGAUCCCGUGCUGUCAAUCCAGACGGAGGCCACCAUUGAAAGCAUCGCCCAAACGUGGUCUUGCAGUAGCACGGUCCAGAACAUGAGCCGAGGGAUCAAUAUCGGAAACGUGUACGAUUACGACCAGGGCAACCGCGACCCCGCGGUCGUCAAACAACAGGUCAAAUGGGCUUACGACGAAGGAUUUCGACACAUUCGUUUGCCUGUGACCUGGGACGGAUAUUUCGAUGCCGACUCUGAGCUGACAAAGCAAGUCACGGAAGUUGUCGACUAUGCUUUGGGCCUGGGCCUCCACGUGGUUAUCAACACACACCACGAGCACUGGCUGAAGGAUGGCUACGACGGAUCCCAGCACUACAAGGAUCAGUUUUGGAACCUCUGGACUGGCAUCGCAGGUCACUUCGCGUACAAGUCCAGCAGGCUGAGCUUCGAAGUGCUCAACGAGCCGGACAAGGCUUUCGGAAGCUGGAACGGGAAUCCAGAUCCGUUCGACCAGAUUGCGAUUGACCGCACACGGGAGAUUAACGGCUUGGGUUACAGCGCCAUCCGCAGCGUUGCCGGCAACCAGGACCGCAUGAUCUUCCUGCACCCCAACGCUAUGUCCAGCAUAGGCACUGCCAAAUCAAUUUACCCCUCGAAGGGGUCUCUGCCGGGAGAGGGCAAUGAUGCCUGCGUGGGCGUCACCGUGCACACAUAUGAUCCGUAUGAUUUCUGUGGAGAGAAUGGCCAAACUUCAUACUACGCCAGCUCCAACGCCAUGAAAAAAGAUUUGAGCUCCCAGUUCAAAGACAUCCGCGAUUGGGCCUUCGACACGUUCAUCCCCGUCUAUGUAGGCGAGUACGGCGUUGGCCGCCAGACGGAUCGACAGUGGGAUAGAGACAACGAAAUCGUCCGAGAGUACUACAAGUUUACGGCCAACCACUUCCGCGAGAGCGGCAUGGCCGUUGCUGCCUGGGAUGAUCCUGGAUGGUUCGGUAUCUACAACCAGCAGCAGCUGAACCUGCACAAGCAGGUUGUGACGCCCUACCAAUGA